GAGCUCACAAUGUGUCACCAAUCGCACAACACUGAAAAUUCAGCACUCAGCCCAAUGAUCCGGCUGGUCAAUCGAGCCAAGUCAGCUAGCGGCACCGUACAUUGGACGUGCCCAUUCUGCAAAUUAAAGUCCUUCACCAGCUGGGAGGCCUUGAACCGACACACCACCAAUUGUUGGCCUAAAGCUUGAACACAAAUGUCGUCCCUUGUCGGCGGCCUCGUUGGUCAAGAUUUUGCAUAGUCCAUCGUUUCUUACGAAACUCCUACACCCGCCUUUUUCGCUGUGAAGAACGAACACACAAGAAAUGCACCUAUAUUCCACAAUUUAUAUUAUGCAUAUGUCGUCUCUUGCGCACUAACCCGCACAAAAUACCUAAUAGCUACCAUGGUGGCCUAAUAUUUUACAAUUGUAAUCAAGUUUUAAUUUUUUAGAGUGAAAAUUUCAUAUGGCGAUUAGCUGUUGCGCCUAAUUUGCGUAGAUCAACCUAUCUUUUUGAUGUUGCCCCCAACCCACUCAUCUUCGUGGCUGUCAAAUCGUACUUGUUUUUGUCUCCAAUUCAUUUCCCUACGACAACACGAUGAAUACAUUCAUAUAUUUUGUAUAUACUAGUCUCUUUAUGCUCCAUAAGCCUCUGAAAAAUUUCAUCAACUUGUUUUUCUCCUUGUUCCUACAUUGAAAUCCUCUCUUGCUGUUGUGAACUUGAUUGAUAGAUUUUUGGAAACUUUUAGUAUAAUGAUAGAAAAACUUUCCAUGGUUCCACUCAAGUG